AUGCUGCGGAGCCAACCGCCAGAGCGUGACGCCAAGCAGGCGCCGCGGGGCAGCCCCACUGCCAGGGUCCUCGCCGAGCUAAACCCGUCGCCAUGGAGACGGGACGCGCGCAGACAGCCGUUAGACCGUGGAGGCGCAGUCCAGGACAGUUUGGGGGAGCGGGGCCGCGGCCGCGGCUCCCAGCACCCAACAGCACCUACGGCGAACCCUUCACGGGGUCGCGAUGCCUCUACUCGGCCGCCACUGUCAUCACCUCAGCCAUCACGGGCUGUACGCCGGGUUCCUGCCGGCUCUGAAAGAGCACGGCGCCUAGCGAGGGCGCGGGGCGGGGCUUCGGGCCGCUCAGGUCUGUCUGAGACAUCCGCUUCCGGGGCUGCGGCCAUCGUACUCCCCGGCUCGUCCGGCACGCGAAACUGUAUCAAGAACCAGACCUCAACCCCUACGGCCCCUGAGUCGCGGCCGCCCUCGCCUCGCUGUCCCCCUCCAGCACUCCGCUGCCCGCCUCCUCAGCUAGUCAUGCUGGAGCAACUGAGCUCGCUGCCCACACAAAUGGAUUACAAGGGCCAGAAGCUAGCGGAACAGAUGUUUCAGGGAAUUAUUCUUUUUUCAGCAAUAGUUGGAUUUAUUUACGGGUACGUGGCGGAACAGUUCGGGUGGACUGUCUACAUAGUUAUGGCCGGAUUUGCGUUUUCGUGUUUGCUGACACUUCCUCCAUGGCCCAUUUAUCGUCGGCACCCCCUCAAGUGGUUACCUGUUCAAGACUCAGGCACAGAAGACAAGAAACCAGGAGAAAGAAAAAUUAAGAGGCAUGCUAAAAAUAAUUGAUUGGGGUUUUCAUAAUUCAUCUUUACUCUUGCACCUGCUUUUGUUUUGUGUGAGAUGAGCUACAUUUUCACACUCAAAACACGAGCUAAAAACCACCUAUGCUCUUACGGUACAGCUGUGUAUCGAUUUUGUUCUCUUCAUAUUUCUUUUCUAACUCAGUUGGGCUUUCAUUUAUACAUAUUUUAGAUCUUCUCUUCAUAAUCUUUCUCUGAAACGGAGAACAGAAAAACAAGUAUGCAAAGUUUCUUUCAGGUCUACAAAAAUAAUGAAUAUAUGCCUCAUAAGUAACAGUACAAUUUAAUUAUCAAAGUUUUAUAAUUAUUAAGCUGUUUUAAUAUUUUCAAUUAAAACUCAGUGCAAGUCUAUGGCUAAAGAGUCUUUUGUUCAUUGUUUUGCAAGCAAGACUACUAAUAAAAGCCAAUGUUUUAGUUUGU